AUGUGCGAUGACCGUCUCUUGUUUCGUGAUUACGGUGAUGGGUCACACAUCAUACGUCUGCGCAAGAAAUUUCCUUUGCUUGCGUGGAUUUCGUCAAGACGUCCUCGCGAAUUUCUUACAAACGCGUUGUGCGCUGCAGCACGAAAGGUCAUUCCGAAUGAGUCGAUCCGACGUGUUCAGUUGAACGUGCUUAGGGACCGUUGUAGUUAUGCCGUGAGUGGAACGGUCGAGCCGGAGAGACCAACCAACUCUCUUAAAAUGGAUCAAGAAGGAAAUCAAAAUAAGCGACUUCGUGAAAUGUUUCGGCUUUUUCAACGAGCAAAGAAACAGAAGGAAAAGGUGCACGAACGUGGAAGUGAAGAAGAACAGAAGUCAGCACAAAUCCGGCAACCUCCGUCACCAAGCAAGCAAGCGCAGCCGUCAGUGCGAUCACCUAUGAGAGCUCACCGUACGGGGAAGAUAAGAAGAAAAAACCCUUAUAUGUUGAAGAAAUUAGGAAAUGCUGAUGAGGCGAUUUCAGUGGACGAAGAGGAUAAUGUAGAUGGCGGAUCAGCUUCAGAAAGAAAACGCAAGCUUUUACGAAAGAAAUAUGGUAUACAGACGAAGGACGAAGAAUUCUUUCAACGAGCUAGUAGGGAUGACAUAGAAGAAUUUGAAAAUGUAGCCGUUGCCCUGAGGCCUGCACACACGAAAAUGAGGAAGGCAAAACUAAGAUGGAAAACUGCAGAAUCCCCGACAUCGUUGGAAAAAACACAAAAGGACAUGUUGCUGUCCGAGCGUGCACCUGAGUCAGCUGUUGGAACAAGUUGGGAUGAGCUGACCCUAGCGGAGAAGGCGGAGCUGGAUCAGAUAGAUCCGACACAAUUAAGCUUCGAUGAAGACAAACCACUUAAUACGAAAUACGCUGAAAAGUAUGCAAAGCUGAAGGAAAAACCGCAGGAAAAGGUCGAGCAGCUACUAAAGGAAAUAUAUUCGCUUCUUUUACGAAUAGACGAAUUGGAGCAAGCGCAGAGCAAGUACAUCGCGACGAUUAAAAAACUAACGAGUAGGAUAGCAAUGAGAGAUAAGAAGCUGAGCGAAGAAAAGGUGGCGGCAGGAUCCACUUCGCAAUCGUCAGCAGAAAAGGAGAAAGUAGUAUGUGAUGAGGAAAAGAUGUCCCCCCAACUGGAGACAGUUGCCCUCCGAGGUUUGGAUAUCAUGAAAAGAAAUCAGUUACUCGAACAAACGGUUAACGAACGAGAAGCACAAGUACUCGCUAAUUUCUUCGAAUCAGAAGAGUCGAAACCGAACAAAAUGGUUAUCAUGCUUAUUGACAAAGCACUUACCUACGGUAUCGAAGUGGUUUUGAUGAGACCAGAUUUGUUUGAAGAUUACGUUGAUAAUGAGUUGCGACUAUUCCUUAUUGACGGUACAAAGGCCAAACAUACACUGCUCGACUGCAUGCUUCUCCAUCCAGAAUACGUGCCAGUAACAUGGGGAGGAAACGUGUUAGCAAAACGCCAUCAGGAGCGCCAAAGGAAAGCUGAAACACCUAAGAAAGAGCCGGAGAAAAGCAAGGCCACUGAAGAAAAUGCUGUUAUUCGUACAACUAGAUCGAUAAUUGGGUAUUUGUUAGACGCAAGUAAAUGUAUCAAACCAACCACGGAAACGGUACAAAAGAGUAUGCCUGUAUCGCCAGAAAAAUCUAUUCGUCCUAAGGCGUCUUCAUCAGAGGAGGAAAAAUCGGUGUACAUAAUGGAGAGGAGGUUCGACGUUAAGGCUAAGACAAAACCCGAACCGGAAGCACAAAGGAAAACUGAGAAAACGGAGCCUAAGUCGUCAAAGGAGAGGUGCAAACCAAGUUCUAAAUCGCCACAGGAACGUAUCAAACCGGCGCCUAAAACGGAAGCGGAGAAAAGAACUGAGAAAGUGGAGCCUAAAUCGGAAGCAGAAAAAAGAAUUGACAAACAAGAGCUCAAAUCAGAAGCUGAAAAGAGACUUGGUAAACCGGAACAGGAGAGGGGAAGUGAUGAGCGAAUCAAGGACAAAGAGCUGGACGAGACCAGAAGUUUCGCACAGGAACGAUGGAAAUAUCGCAAACACGUGCAAAAAACACCAAAAGAUACAGCAUGGGUGCAAAAAAGUGGCGACCGUCGUAUACGUGAUCGAGCUAAAGCAAAAGUAAGGCAACGCCAAACAAAGAAGAAUUGA